GUCCGCGGGCCCCAAGCCCCCACCACGGGGUCGCGGGGGUUUGCUCCGCCUCGUGAGCUUGGGAUUCUGGUUAAAAAGGCGGCUGGGCGGAGCCGCGGGCCUCCGACGGCGGGAAGACAGCGCUGCGAGGAGGCGCCCGGGACUGUCAUGGAGCGCCGCGUGGGAGUGAGGGCCUGGGUGGAGGAGAACCGGGGCUCCUUCCAGCCCCCGGUCUGCAACAAGCUCAUGCACCAGGAGCAGCUCAAAGUCAUGUUCGUCGGAGGCCCCAACACCAGGAAGGACUAUCACAUCGAAGAGGGUGAAGAGGUAUUUUACCAGCUGGAGGGAGACAUGGUUCUCCGAGUCCUGGAGCAAGGGAAACACCGGGAUGUGGUCAUUCGGCAGGGAGAGAUAUUCCUCCUGCCUGCCAGGGUGCCCCACUCACCACAGAGGUUUGCCAACACCGUGGGGCUGGUGGUUGAGCGAAGGCGGCUGGAGACCGAGCUAGAUGGGCUCAGGUACUAUGUGGGCGACACCAUGGACGUUCUGUUUGAGAAGUGGUUCUACUGCAAGGACCUUGGCACGCAGUUGGCCCCCAUCAUCCAGGAGUUCUUCAGCUCUGAGCAGUACAGAACAGGAAAGCCCAUCCCUGACCAGCUGCUCAAGGAGCCACCAUUCCCUCUGAGCACACGAUCCAUCAUGGAGCCCAUGUCCCUGGAUGCCUGGCUGGACAGCCACCACAGGGAGCUGCAGGCAGGCACACCGCUCAGCCUGUUUGGGGACACCUAUGAGACCCAGGUGAUCGCCUAUGGGCAAGGCAGCAGCGAAGGCAUGAGACAGAAUGUGGACGUGUGGCUGUGGCAGCUGGAGGGCUCCUCGGUGGUGACAAUGGGGGGACGGCGCCUGAGCCUGGCCCCUGAUGACAGCCUCCUGGUGCUAGCUGGGACCUCGUAUGCCUGGGAGCGAACACAAGGCUCUGUGGCCCUGUCUGUGACCCAGGACCCUGCCUGCAAGAAGCCCCUGAGGUGACCCUCUUGCCAUGGCCUGAAGCAGCCACAGGUGUGCCAAGCACCCUCGAGUGCCAUCCCUGCCAAACAACUCUCCCAGCCCCCACUACCUCUCUGUGUACUGCCGCUGUGUCCCCCACAGACCUGCACAUUGUUGUCACCCACCCUCCUGCCCUUCUCAGCCCAGAUGCCACGCCCCUGGGCGGGCAGCAGCUCCCCAUCUUCUCUGGCAGCCUCAGCCCACUGCCUUGCCAGUCUUGCCAGGUGGUCUACCCCCGGCCCCGCUCCUGCCCAUUCCUCUGUCCCUGCAGACUCAGUGCAGCACUUCCACACCAAGAAGGCCCUCAAUAAAGACUUCCUGAGGAACGCA